AAUAAGCGCGAAAGGCAGGGGCUUAAGCAAAAGCAAAAAAAACACCAGAAGUGUCGAGAAAAGUCAUCGCUGACAUUGCUCAUCGCUGACAGCUGAUAUUUUGUUGUAAUUUUGAUUUAUCGAUUUUAAAUCGCAUCUGGAUCGAAGUAUCCGACUCGCCCCUGCGUACUGACAGCUCGAAGCCAGCAGUGCUCGGUCUCUGACUCUGACAGCAACGCCUGUUUAUUUUCUUCGCUCGUAUAGUUUUCCUGAUCUCGGAAAAGUGGACGACAUACGGGCAGAAAAUGGCCCAACCGAUGGUUUCCAACAUGAACAUGAACGGACUCAACUCGUCCGAGGCCAAGGACCAGCCCGAUCAGAACUGUGAUAACCGAAAUGGACCACAGCAACAGCAGCAAUCUCAGCCAACUGUACGACAUAUUCCGAUUUUCGUCGAAGGACGCGAUCAGCCCCUUCUAAACAAAAACGUCGAGAGGUCACCUAGUGAUGGGACAAGUGGUCAACGGCAGCCGUCACCAACAUUCAGCGAUCUGUCCAAGUCCGGGUCAAUUUUCGACCGCGUCAAAGAUAUCCCGGUGCGGAGGAUCAUACCAGAAUUUCAGACAAUGUCACCAAACGCUGGCCGAACGGCGUCACCAAAUCGAACGAUCCCCAUCAACGUGGCACACGAAACCUCUCAAAAAGAUAUCCACGGAGCAGCUUCUGCGGGCCAUCAUCCCCAGCAGCAACGACAAUACCAAAGACAGACCCAUCAAGAACAACCACACGUGCAGACAUCCAACUCCAAAUCGCAUUCGAUCCCCAUAAAAGUGGAACACUCAAAUUCUCAGAAAGACACCUCUAAGCAGACGCCUCAGCAAACGCCGCGAGGCCAAACCGCGUCGCAGCAACCAAAUGCUGCGGACGAAGUUGAUUCCGCUGCGACCAAAAAGCCGUCUCCGGCAGUACAACAAUCUCUUGAUGCAAUCGCAAAGAUCCAGAAAAUUCAGAAUGAUGUCCUGGAGCUGAUGAACCGCGUGGAGCAGUUCAAAGGCGGCUCCCGGACCGACAAGGAGUAUCUCUACCUGGACGAGAUGCUCACUCAGAACCUCCUCAAGCUAGACACAAUCGACGCGGAGGGCAAGGACAACAUCAAGGCAGCUCGGAAGGAAGCCAUCAAAUGCAUCAAUAAAUGCAUUUCGGUGCUCGAGGCGAAAACCGACUUAGCCGCCAGCAAUUCUAGUUCAUCUGAUGCCGUCGGAACCACGCAGUCAAAUGAUAGUCAACCCCAGUCGCAAAAGGAUCACCAGGAGCAACAAAAGGGAAGCAAGUAACAAAUUCGUGAGUUCUUUUUCGUUCGAAACCCUUCUGAACGGGAGACUUGUAAACAAUGAUAGGGACAGUAACAAAAAUAAAAUUACACUUCUUUGCGAGCGCCGUCCUUUUCUUAUUAUCCACGUUAUGAAGCGGGCGGGCACCACUUCUCCCGCACGCGAGGACGGCGUCGAUCCACCCUAAAUACUUUAAAUACAUAGUUCAAAUCUAUAAUUUCACAAAAAGAGGCUUCUAAUACUAUUAAUAAACUCAUAGAAAAGAUUAUAGUUCAAAUGAUAGGACGCCGGGCCGUGUGCCCUGCAUUCUGCCAUGUUCCGUUCCGAAAAACGAAAAACUGAAACAAUUCCUUCGAAGAAAUUGAGGCCUUCCUGCUACGGUUAUGUGUAACGAAUCAGAGAAUCAAAAAUCAAUUAAUUCUACGACAAAGGCUUGCAAUUUCGGAAACCUCCCUCGAAACUAUCCCGUUAAAAUUCUAUUUGUUUUGGAACACUCAGUUCGUUCCGUUUGAGCAGUAUUUUAUCGCAUUUUGAGAUUUGGGACGCGCAGCUCAGCCGGAGAGGCGACUUUCAUUUUGAGUUGUAGGAAAACGGAAUCAUCGUCCGAGCCUACUCCCGUUUUAUCUGUUUUGUCCUUCCAACUUCUCAUAGGUUACCAACUGUCGCAUUCAAUUCGUUUUGUUGAUACUCUCCACAUUUUGUAAGAUUUAUUUCGUUUACUUCCGUUGAAUUUCAGUAGAGGAGAGUCUAAGAUAAGGAAAAGUCAAUGAUUUGUGUAAUAUGAAAGUGUAUAUUAUAUUUAAGGAAAUGAAGAUAUUCAAGUUAUUUUUUUAAUUAUGCCGCAGUUCGAUGCUCUCCCAGCAGCGGGGAGCAGGACACGCUAGAAUGUACGAUACUAUUCCAAUAGAAGGUCAAACGCAAAGUGAGAAUUAUCCGUAGUCGAAUAGAGCGCAAUAGUCAAUUUUCCAAUGUUUUAUAUAACAAGAGUUGAUUCUAAACUUGCAAUUCAAUGAGUAGAGUUAAUGGUAUUCACUUCUGUACAACAUGUAAAAAGCGAUAACAAAGAAACACAAUAAAGCCAAGUUAUUCAAUGCAAA